AUGAGCGCAAUCUCUGUGCAGACACAAGCAGCACUCAAAGCACGACCAAUCGCAGCAUGCCUCUCUUCAUCUAAAGAAGCCUUACCUCCAUUGUUAUCUCUCCUAAAGAACCCCAUUUCAGGUUCACGAGGUUUCUCCUCAAAGAACAAUGCUUUCCUCGGAGGUCAAUUUCACAACAGACACUUUCUUUGGUAUAAUUCACGCCGUUCUCGGAGGAAACAAAGAGGGAUUGCGGUUUCACCAAGCUGUGUCCUUCCACUGACCGAGGAGAAUGUGGAGAAGGUUUUGGAUGAGGUACGGCCUAGCUUAAUGGCAGAUGGAGGGAAUGUGGCUUUGCACGAAAUAGAUGGCCUUGUUGUGGUACUAAAGUUGCAAGGAGCAUGUGGCUCAUGUCCAAGCUCAACAAUGACCCUAAAGAUGGGAAUUGAAACUCGCCUCCGAGAUAAAAUUCCUGAAAUUCUGGAAGUAGAGCAGAUCACGGAUACUGAGACAGGGCUUGAGCUGAAUGAAGAAAACAUUGAAAAGGUUCUUGAUGAGAUUAGACCAUACCUGGUAGGCACGGGAGGUGGAGAACUUGAGCUUGUUCAGAUAAAUGACUACGUUGUAAACGUUCGGCUUAGUGGGCCUGCAGCUGGAGUUAUGACUGUCCGUGUUGCUUUAACUCAAAAACUGAGGGAAACAAUGCCUGCUAUUGCAGCAGUCCAACUGCUUGACUGAAAGAAACAAUGAGGAACAUCAUUUUUUGUAAAGCUCAAAUUCCAUUCACUGUCCAUACUCCUCAGACCAAGUGUAAUCCAACUUUAAAUCCUUACAUGAAUAUACCAAGUUUUCUGUAUUGAUGGA